AUGAAAAAGUGAAAUAAUCUACUCAAAUAUUUAAAAAUCUUAUACCGAUCUUGUAAAUCCGUGUCUUCCCUCCCAAUUCCCUCCCUUCCGCUUUCCAUGAAUGCAGCACACGGCCGCCAACAGGCCUGGUCUUCUCCCGGCCAUGGACGCGCCAGAUCAUCACAGUGGUGCCCCCACUCAGCAAACCACCCCCUGCAGCACGGCCACAGACAACCCCCACUGUCCGCGAGACAAUAGAAGAGGAAGAGAAGCCACCAGAGCUGGAAUCUCCAGAUGCACCCGCUGCAGUAACCACACCAUCAGCGCGUGUUGUGACCUGGCAGCAGCAGCAGGAGGAAAAGCCGGCGCCACCCAUUUUGCGGUCGGCAUCGUCACUGGAGUUCUUCGAUGAGCGAGGUCGGCCGAAGCACGGACUCCUCGAAGGUCUGGAGGAGGCAGCCACUUCCAAAGAGACCACCAGCCGCCCUGGCAGCAGUUUGAACGACAUGGUGGAGCACCUGCACCAGCGGCUCGCUGACGUCUCUGAGCUGACACCACCGAGACGCUCGUACAGUAUGCGGGAGCUGGAGAGAAUCCUGGGGCCGAAGGGCACUCGAAGCCGCGUGGCCAUCAAGAACCAGCCAUAUGAAGUAAGAAAAUCAGCCCUAACCAGCCGCCCACGUACGUCUCCUCCCAUACCUCUGUCUGUGUUCCAUCACUUCAGCAAGAGCUGCGUGCCUAUGUGCGUGCGGACAUGCAUAUCACUCGGGAGAGGAUGAGGGGGGGUUACUUGCCAGGGGAAAAGCCGCUGGCCGAGCUGUCGAGUGACGACGGCAGGCCUGCCACUGCAGCAACAGCCAGGCGCAGCACAGUGGAAGGCGGCGCAAAAAGCGCCGGUCGCCGAGCGGCUCCCCGAUGUCUGCAAGGCUGCGGGCGCACCAGGAGGAACAGACCGCCAGGACACAGACGGUGAGAGAGGGAGACAUGUGGAGAGAAUACAUGUGUUGUGUGGUUGUCGUGUUGUGUAUGGUGUGCAGCGUCGUGCGUUUGAUCACCUGCACAGUCGUGGCGCCAUCGGCGCACAGGACGUCUCAGAGACCAUCAGGGCCGUAAACAAGUGAGAUGAAGACAGACGGCAAACAUUUGUGUGUCUCUAUUCGUAUUUGUGACACGCGUGCGCGCGCGCGCGCGUGUGUGUGCAGGAGACUAUUGGCGACUUGUGGCGAGGCUAUGGACUUUGUGAACCGGCGCAAAGAGGGCAUGUCUGUCAACGAAGCGGUCAAGUGAACACAGAGAUUCAGGAACCAGACCAAUAGGCCGCUAGACAAACGCAGACAAACGCCCUGGCGGGCUCACAACAAAUAGAUGCACCAAAACGCAUGCAUGUGUUGCGGCUUUUUGUUG